CCUCUGGCUUUACUAAUAUCAGCGAUGAGAAUCAGUGGGCAGUUUAUGCCAAGCCCCCUCGACUGCCACAAGACCUGUGUGUGUGCCAGUAACAUCAUCAGCUGUUCCAAGAAUAACCUAACCGGAGUACCCACGGCUCUGCCACGCUAUACGGCUGUGCUGGACCUCAGCUUCAACGCCAUCACCCGGCUACGUGCUGAAUGGACCACUGUCAAACUCCACCGGCUGCACAGCCUCCUGCUCAGCCACAACGGCCUCAACUUCCUCUCCACUGAAGCUUUUAUAUAUGUGACAAGGCUCCGGUACCUGGACCUAUCCUCAAACCGCCUCCAGCUGCUGGAGGAAUUCAUCUUCGAGCCCCUGGAGCACCUGGAGGUGCUGCUGCUUUAUAACAACCACAUCUCCCAGAUCGACCGCUCUGCCUUCUCUGGCCUCCUCAGCCUGCAGAGGCUCUAUCUGAGCCAGAACCAGAUCUCACGUUUCCCCAUAGAGCUGGUGAAGGAGAAGAGCCGCCUGGAAACUCUGACCAUCCUGGAUGUCUCCUCCAACCGAAUCAAGGUCCUGUCCCUCCAUGAGCUCCAGGCUCUGCCCGCCUGGAUCAAGAACGGCCUUUACUUCCAUAAUAACCCUCUGCCCUGCAGCUGUGAGCUGUAUGACCUGCUGGCACGCUGGCACCUCAAGCAGCUCAGCUCUGCCAUUGACUUCAGGGAUGACCACACCUGUGUGAAACCAGGACUGAAGAAGGAAAAAGUGGCCACACUGGAUCUGAACAAGGUCUUUUUGAACUGCAGUGAGGUCAGAAUUAUGGAUGAGCAGGCCUAUUUGGAUCAAUUCCUGGUUCUGAACUGUGACACCAGACAGAGAAAUAUGAUGAAGAGCUGGGUGCUGCCUGGUAACAUCCCAGUGUCCCCGGUGAACAAGAGUGCUGUGAUGCUUGAUGAUGGAAGCCUCCAGAUUGGGCCCCUGAAGGCAGAAGACUCAGGGGUCUACACCUGCUACGCCACCAGCGACUCCCUCAACGAGACGCAGUAUGUAACUGUGGUAGUGUAUAACUUCACUAUGAGUGGUGGGCUGGAGAACAUGAAGACCGCCUACACCACCCUGGUGGGAUGCCUGGCCAGUAUUAUUAUGGUCCUCAUCUACCUCUACCUCACACCCUGCCGAUGCAUCUGCUGCCCGAACCAGGGCCUUGCCAAGAGCAUCCCCAGGGACAGUCUUCACUCCUCGACUGUCAGCAUCUCUCAAGUGAACGAGGAGGCAGGGCGAGAGUGCGGUGCCAUGGGGGCAAGGGAUUUCUUCAACAGACAUGUGGCCUUCCUGGAACCCAAGGACCAGCUGGAGCAGAACGGGAGGUUGAACCCAAUAGGGGAGGAAGAUGAGGAGUGGCAGGAAGGUAACCAAGAGAGAAGGAGGUCUGACGCAGAGUCCGUUAGCUCCGUGUGCUCCGAUACCCCGAUGGUAGUGUGAGAGUGAGUCGCACGGCCUUCAGGUUGAGACAAAGAUGGCGCUCCACCAUCUUUGGAAAUGGCUGCUCCACAGAACUCUGUAAGCUUUGAAUGUAUGCAAGAUUCAGAAGUUAUCAUCUCACAGCUAGAAGAAGUAAAAGCUUUAUUUUGUUCUCACAGUUGGUGGCAUUGUUGCAAGAGCAUGCACUUUUUAU